AUGGGCGCUAGUGUUCGGUCGUUCGAUAAUACGCGCAGCGAGACGAUCCAGUUUCACACGCCGCUUACGUUGAUUGUUGGGUAUAAUGGAUCUGGAAAGACGACUAUCAUCGAGUGUCUCAAAUAUGCGACCACCGGCGAUUUACCCCCCAACAGCAAGGGUGGUGCGUUCAUCCACGAUCCGAAGCUAUGUGGCGAGAAGGAAGUCCUGGCCCAGAUGGUCGCUACGAGGAGUCUACAACUCACGGGUCAGUUGUUGAUGGUUAAGGAUGGUGAGCGGACGUCUAUUUCCUCCCGCGUGGCGGAGCUGGAUCAGAUCAUGCCUCAGUAUCUCGGCGUAUCGAAGGCGAUCCUGGACUCCGUUAUAUUCUGUCACCAGGACGAGAGCUUGUGGCCGAUGAGUGAACCCUCGUAUACGAAGGCGAUCGACAACAUCAAGUCUUUGCGGAAGAAGCAGAAUGAGGAGCUUGCUAAGUACAAGAUCAUGGAGCAACAUGCCAAAGAGGAUAAGGAGAAGGCCGAUCGUGCAGAGAAACGAUCAAUAAAGCUUCAGGAUGAAAUCGAAGCUCUGCGCGAAGAAACACACCAGCUCUCUCAGGAAAUGCGCCGGGAGUCGGAAAGUUACUCCCAGGUCUUGGGUGCGCUCGAAGGAAAGCGCAUUGAGGCCAAAAGUAUUCGGACGACUAUUGAUAAUCUCAAAAGACAUCUGUCGAACCUGGAGCAGUUUGAGUCAAGGCAGCUUCAGUACCAGCAGCAAGAAGAAGCCAAGAAGGAGAACUAUAUGGAGCUCAAAGAGCAGAUAGAGCAAACUCGACAAAGACUGGGAGUCAAGCAAGCAGAGUAUGGCAAGUUUGAGAACGACAAAGCCAACUUCGAGCGCCAGGUCGAGCGGCGACAGAGGAUGACGAAAGAGGUCGCUCGAGCGCACAAUAUCCGUGGUUACGAUAAUGUCGAGGACCAGGCAGACGUUGAUGAGUUCAUGCGGAGAGUGCGAAAAAUUCUGAAAGAUCAAAACCUGGCACUGGAACGGGUGAAGAAGGAGGCGCAAAAUGAACUACGUGACGUCCAGGCAACCCUUAACCAGAUCGGACAACAGAAGUCUGCGCUACAGGAAAGCAAAAACGCAGCCAAGCGACAGAUUGCCUCGAAUGAUAGGGAAGCAGCCACCUAUCAAGGAAAACUCAACGAGAUCAACGUGGACGAAGGCGUCCAGGCUGCCCUGGAGUCGAACAUUGAAGACAUCGGAUCUCGUUUGGACCAAGCCAAGGAGCGCGCACGAUCCGCAUCUUGGGACAAGGAGAUUCAGAAUGUGAACUCACAAAUUCGCGACCUUGAGGACGAGAGUUCGCGCUUGAAUACUGAGCUCAUCGAGGCAACAAAGAAGGCUGGUGAUUUGGCUCGAUUAGACCACCUCAAGAAGGAAUUGAAAGAACGGGAGCGCGGAUUGGAGACGAUGAAAGGCGCUCACGGUGAACGACUGACAAAAUUUGUAAACGCCAACUGGAGCCCUGAAUCUCUAGAGCAGGACUACCAGCACGUCAUAGAGGAGGAGUCCAGACACGUCUCAAGGGCAGAGCGCGAGCGUGAUGGAGUCAGCAGAGAACUCGAGCAGGUGGAGUUCAGAAUGAAGGGCGUCAAGAAAACAUUAAGUCAGCGACAGAAGGAACUCAAGGAGUGCAUCAAAGUGAUCCGCGAUGCCGUCGAUGACGAACCGGAAGAAUACCCUGAGAUUUUGAAAGAGCGUCAAGCCCAGCUCGAUCUUGCCAGGAAGGACGCUGAACAAUACGCCGGAGUCAGCAAGUACAUGGCCGACUGUCUCGACACCGUGAAGUCGGCAAGCAUGUGCAGAUUGUGCAUGCGGACUUUCCGAACCGAAAACGAGCUACAGACCUUCAAGAACAAGUUAGAGGGGUUAGUGAAAAGAGCGAAACGGGACCUUAAUACCGCCCGCGAGGCCAGCACAGCCUACGAUACCUGGUGUCAGGAAGAAGACCAAUUGGAAGAGAACGACAAGAUAGUCAGCGAAAAGGCCGAUAAAAAGAAGGACGUCGAGUCAUUUGAAAUCAAGUCCAUACGCUCCCAGGUCCAGGACUUGUCUUCGAAACAGCACGAUACGAAUGCCUCUCGUACACUGGAAGAUAUUCAGGAUGAAAUUGCGGGCAUUGGCGAGAAGUCUAGAGCCUUGAAGAAGACUCUGUCGAAACUCACUCACGAGAAGGAGCAAACAUUAGACGUCAAGAGCAACCUCGACAACGUGAAAUUUAAGCUCGAGCGGAAGGCAGACCUCCUGGCUCGUAUCGAAGAGUACAAGAACCUCAACAACCAACAACGCGAAGCCAUUGCAAAGGCGGACAAAGAGAUUGAAGAUCUAACCCCUGAACUUCUCAAGCGUGCCGAAGCGCGUGAAAAGGACAUGCAGCAGGAGAUAUCCCACCUCUACGAGAAUAUACACCAACUUGAACUGGCAAACGAGGAGAUCGACGCCUACAACGAGCGAGGCGGCCCUCAUCAACUAGAGCGCAGCAAGCGUGAACUGCAAAGCAUCGAGGACGAGAUCAGCAAUCUCGAAAUCGAGCAAGCCAAUAUCACUAAAGAGAUCAACAAGAUAUCUGCUCAACUCAAGGACAGCGAGAACACCAAGCGCCAAUACGCCGACAACCUGACAUACCGCCAGGCGACCCGAUCUCUCGACGCAGUCACCGAAGAGAUCGAGCAGCUAGCGGCGCAAAACGCCGAAGUCGACCGAAGCCGCUUCAAAGAAGAAUCCGAGCGCAGAGCACGAGAACACAACGCGCUCGCCGCCAAACAAGCCAGCAAAAUGGGCGAGAUGAAAGGCAAGGACGAUCAACUGAUGCAGCUCCUCGCAGACUGGAAUACCGACUACAAAGACGCAGCAAGCAAAUACAAGGAAGCGCACAUCAAGGUGGAAACAACCAAAGCCGCAGUGGACGACCUAGCGCGGUACGGCGGCGCCCUCGACAAAGCCAUCAUGAAAUAUCACGGGCUCAAAAUGGAAGAAAUUAACGCCAUCAUCAGCGAGCUCUGGCAAAAGACCUACCGAGGCACAGACGUCGACACCAUCCUCAUCCGCUCCGACAACGAAAACGCCAAGGGCAACCGCUCCUACAACUACCGUGUCUGCAUGGUCAAGCAAGGCGCAGAAAUGGAUAUGCGUGGCCGCUGCAGUGCCGGUCAAAAGGUGCUAGCAAGUAUCAUCAUCCGACUCGCUCUUGCGGAGUGCUUCGGUGUCAACUGCGGCCUGAUUGCUCUUGAUGAACCCACGACCAAUCUUGACCGUGAUAAUAUUCGCUCGCUUGCGGAAUCGCUACAUGAUAUUAUUAGGACUAGACAGCAACAGGCCAAUUUCCAGCUUAUUGUCAUUACCCAUGACGAGGAGUUCUUGCGGCAUAUGCAGUGCGGUGACUUCAGUGAUUACUAUUAUCGGGUCUCGAGGAAUGAGAAGCAGAAGUCGAUUAUUGAGAGGCAGUCUAUUGCUGAGCUUUCUUCGCACGGGACCCUUCAUCAAUUGAGCCUCUUGCAUCACCUCCCGGACCAUUAG